AUGCAAACCAAACCCAUCCACAACACCCCAACAUACAUUCCUCCACCCAUUAGGCCAUCACCUCCGGUGCACCAAACCCCCUCCUCCACACCGCCGAUCAAACCUCGUGCGAUAUCCAUAUCCACACCCAAUACCCCUGUUGCCAUACCAAUUCCACAAACCAUAGAGCCUGAUGACUCCACAGCUGCCUAUUAUGACUACCAAUUCUUGUUCAUGUCACAAAGAUCCGAAGCAACCCGACCCGUUACUCUAAGCACCGUGGAGGGUGUGAUUCCGGCCGAUUUCCCCGCCGGCACGUACUACUUAACCGGACCUGGGCUUUUGACCGAUGAUCAUGGAUCCACGGUGCACCCUCUGGAUGGACAUGGCUACCUAAGGGCAUUCACUUUUGAUAAUGUUACUAAGAAUGUCAAGUACAUGGCUAAGUACAUUAAAACGGAAGCACAUGUGGAAGAACAUGACCCAAAGACCAAGAAAUGGAAAUUCACACAUAGAGGACCAUUUUCGGUGUUGAAGGGUGGAAAAAAGGUUGGGAACACUAAGGUCAUGAAAAAUGUAGCUAACACUAGUGUACUAAAGUGGGGGGGAAAACUCCUGUGCAUGUGGGAAGGUGGGGAACCGUAUGAGAUCCAAGCUGGUACGUUGGAUACAAUUGGACAAUACAACAUCAUGGAUGGUGCUGAUUUGGAAGAUCAUGAUGAUAACAAAGGUGGUGAUGUUUGGGAGGUUGCUGCCCUCUUAUUGAAGCCUAUAUUAUAUGGAGUGUUUAAGAUGCCCCCAAGGAGACUCUUGUCUCACUACAAGGUUGAUUCUAGAAGAGACAGACUACUCACUGUGUCAUGCAAUGCAGAAGACAUGUUGCUUCCACGCAGUAAUUUUACAUUUACUGAAUAUGACUCAAAUUUCAACGUAGUACAGAAGCAAAAUUUCAGAAUCCCAGAUCACUUGAUGAUCCAUGAUUGGGCUUUCACAGAUACCCACUACAUAGUAUUUGCCAAUCGCAUUAAACUUGACGUACUGGGAUCAAUGGCAGCAGUUUAUGGGAUGUCUCCGAUGAUAUCAGCAUUAAGAGUAAACCCAAGUAAGAGCACAUCUCCCAUAUACCUCAUUCCAAGGUUUCCUGAGAAACAAAAAGGCAAAGAGAGAGAUUGGAGAGUUCCAGUUGAAGCACCUUCACAGUUGUGGUUGCUUCAUGUUGGCAAUGCCUUUGAAGUUAGACAUCAACAUGGGAAUUUAGACAUCCAAAUACAAGCUGCUGCUUGCUCUUAUCAAUGGUUCAAUUUCAGCAAGUUAUUUGGAUAUGACUGGCAAAAGAGGAAGCUAGACCCAGCAAUAAUGAAUGUAAAAGGUGGAAGUGAGUUAUUGCCUCAUCUUGUUCAGGUAUCCAUAAAAUUAGAUUCAGACUACAAUUGCCAAGAAUGUGAUGUGAAGCCCAUGAAGAAAUGGAAGAAAUCCUCAGAUUUUCCUGCUACAAAUCCAGCAUUUUCCGGGAAGAAAAACAAAUAUCUGUAUGCAGCAACAACCUUAGGCUCUCGCAAAACAUUGCCAUGUUUCCCUUUCGACACCGUCGUGAAAUUAGAUCUAGACAGUGAUUCUGCACAAACUUGGACUGCUGGAAGUAGAAGAUUUAUUGGUGAACCUAUUUUUGUUCCCAAAGGUGACGGAGAAGAUGAUGGCUAUCUUCUUGUUGUUGAGUAUGCUGUUUCAGUGAAUAGAUGUUACCUCGUGAUCCUGAACCCGAAAAGAAUAGGAUCAGAUAAUGCCCUUGUUGCCAGAAUCGAAAUUCCAAGCCACUUAAAUUUCCCUCUAGGUUUUCAUGGUUUCUGGGCAGCUAAUUAA